GGAAGAUAUGGACCAUAUAGCUACAUUAACCAAAAUCAUGUUGCAGUAUAUAAGAGUAUCAUUUCAUGGCCAUGAUAACCAACAACCAUUAAUCUUAAAAUUCUUGGCUUUUUGCAAUGGCCACUACAAAUUCUCUCAGUGUGUCUUUUCCUGGCUUCAAACUAAAACUUUGUCUGACUCUGAUUGCAUGUGUAAUUGGGGUUACUUCAGCUCAGUUAUCUGCUAAAUUCUAUGAAAAAAGUUGCCCUGGUGCUCUUGCCACCAUAAGGAAAGCAGUGAAACAAGCUGUGCACAAUGAGUUUCGCAUGGGGGCAUCCUUGCUCCGACUCCAUUUCCAUGACUGCUUCGUUCAAGGAUGUGAUGCAUCUGUGUUGUUAGACGACACGGAUACUUUCACUGGGGAGAAGAAUUCGUUUCCAAAUGCUAACUCUCUUAGAGGUUUUGAUGUGAUUGAUAACAUAAAAUCAGAGUUGGAAAACAUGUGCCAAGAUGUUGUCUCUUGUGCAGACAUCUUAGCCGUUGCUGCGAGAGACGCUGUUUUUGAACUUGGUGGACCAAGAUGGGAAGUACCGUUAGGCAGAAGAGAUUCAACCACAGCAAGUUUAGCCGAAUCUAAUUCAGACUUACCAGCUCCUUUUUUCGAUCUCGAUGGCCUCACCAGUGCUUUCGCCAAGAAAAAUUUCACUGUCCAAGAACUAGUUACUUUAUCAGGUGGUCACUCAAUAGGACUGGUGAGGUGUCGUUUCUUCAGAAAGAGGAUUUAUAACGAGAGCAACAUCGACCAGACAUUUGCAGAGGAAAAGCAACAAGAGUGUCCCUUCGAAGGUGGUGACGACAACUUAAGUGCUUUCGAUUCGACCACUCCGUUCAAAUUUGACAAUGCGUUCUACAAGAACUUGUUGCAGCAAAAGGGUCUGGUCCACUCCGAUCAACAGCUCUUCAACGGCGUCAAUGGAACUAAUAGCCCCACAAAGGAUCAAGUAGUUAAUUAUGCGAGAAACAUGGCAAAAUUCAAGAAGGAUUUCGCAGCUGCAAUGUUGAAGAUGAGCAUGAUGACCCCACUUACUGGUUCAGACGGUGAGAUCAGGAAAAAGUGCAGCCGAGUGAAUCCUCCUUCAACCUGACCAACUUCAUCUUCAAUUAUAUGUAUUCAAUCAAAUAAAGCCUUCUUCUUUCCUCUGUUUCUCACCUUCAACUGUAAUCUAAUGCAAUUUCUUAACUAAAGUAAUCAAUGAAACAUAUAUAUGA